CGGACCAGGCAAGACCUCAACACAUCAACGGACAUCACUACAUCAGCAGCGUCACCGCGACACCACCGAUUUGUUCUUUUUUCUAAAGAACUUUUCUUGCUUUUCUAAUGCUGCAUCCACUGAUCCGUCGCCGCCACCUUCCCGGUGACCUCACCGGAGUGACUCACACUCGCGUGUCCUCUGGCAGAGGCCGCCGUUCUGCUAACCCACACCACACCUAAUGCCGCUGCCUUUUUCUUUCUAGCUAACCCAUGCGUGAGGGCGUGAGGCUAAUCCUCCUUGCAAUUUACUAUUCCGCUCUGCUUCUCACGCAAAGCUUACCUCCCUUGCAAACUAGCAACUGCAGGUACUUCUAGCUUUUUCUUUUGUUGCAUCGCCAUCGGCCACCUGCUCCUCAGUCCUCAGUCCUCACAAAAGAUCCAAGAAUUCCAGGGCAGGAUUUCCAAAAUGGCCACGCCAAGAUCCUCCCCCAACUCCUAGCACAUGCCAUGCGCAACAAUUUUGAUCUCUCUCUCCGAAAAGAUUUCAUUCCAUUCAAUCCCAUUCCGUCCUUUUUUGGGUUGGUCAUAAAGCAGAGCUGCUCCUUGGAUCCACGGCGGUUUAGCGGUUUCCUUUCCCCUGGCUCCGUGAGAUUGAUCCAGGCUGCGAUGAGCGGCGGCAACUCGUCGUGGCUGAUGCCUCCGCCGUCGCCGCCGCAGCCCCAGCCGUCGGCGCUCGACAACGUGGAGGCCAAGAUAAGCCCGAGCAUCCUCUUCAUCGUGGCCAUCCUGGCGAUCGUCUUCUUCGUCUGCGGCCUGCUGCACCUGCUCGUGCGCCACCUGCUGCGGCUGCGCCGCCGCCGCCGCACGCGGGAGGACGCGGAGAGCGUCACGGCGUUCCAGGGCCAGCUGCAGCAGCUGUUCCACCUGCACGACGCCGGCGUCGACCAGGCCUUCAUCGACGCGCUCCCGGUGUUCCUCUACCGCAACGUCGUCGGCGCCGCCGGCCAAGCCGAGGGCAAGGACCCGUUCGACUGCGCCGUCUGCCUGUGCGAGUUCUCGCCCGACGACCAGCUCCGGCUGCUGCCCAAGUGCAGCCACGCGUUCCACCUAGAGUGCAUCGACACAUGGCUGCUCUCGCACUCCACGUGCCCGCUCUGCCGCCGGAGCCUCCUCGCCGAGCUCUCGCCGACGUGCAGCCCCGUCGUCAUGGUGCUCGAGUCAGAGAGCUCCCGCGAUAUGGGCGCGUCGGCGACGCGGGCCACCGACGCCGCCGACGGCCAGCCGAGCGGUCUCGCUUUGGCGCAGGACGGAGCAGAGGAGGUGGUCGAGGUGAAGCUGGGAAAGUUUAUGUGCGUGGAAGGUAACGGCAAUGCGAAUGCCACCGCCAACGACGGCGAUGGGGCCGGCACCAGCAGCGACGGCAAUGGCGACGCCAAUGCCGAGGCCGGUAUCGGGCAAAGAAGGUGCCACUCCAUGGGGUCCUACGAGUACGUCAUGGACGAGCGCGCCUCGCUCCGCGUGGCGAUCAAGCCGCCCAAGAAGAAGCCCGCGGUGUCCAAGUCGCGCCGCCGCGGUGCCAUUUCGGAGUGCGAGUUCGGCGCGUCCAAGCGCGGGGAGACAUCGCUCCGCCUCCCAUUCACAGCAAUGGUCCAGCAGCAGCAGCAGCAGUCGGAGUCGGACACGGCUAUGGCGAGGCUCACCAAGGACAGCUUCUCCGUGUCCAAGAUUUGGAUGGUGCCGUCGUCCAAGAAGGACCCGGAAGCGGCCGGCGAGAGGCGCGCGGUGUCGUUCCGGUGGCCGGUGAGCAAGGACGAGGAAGAAGGCAAGAACAAGAAGAGCGGGAGCGAGGCAGACUGGGACGUCGAGGCUGGGAGCUGCGGCGGCAACAGUGUGGUGUCGUCGGUCGCCGAGGAGAGGCCAUCGUUCGCGAGGAGGACCCUGCUCUGGGUCGUCGGAGGCCGGCAACAGAGCAGAGUCGGAGCUGUUCCCGAUCAGGAUACCUGAAGAGAGAAAAAAAAAGGAAAUUAUUUCCCUCUUUCUUUGUGUUCUUUGGCGGAUUGGUGGUAGCGAGUAGCGAUUGCAAUAGCUAGAAAUUUGUAAAACCCAAAAGGCUCUGAAGAAUUCUUUCUUUCGCUUGUGUAUUCGGGUCCAGCUUCGUGUCAGGCUUUCAGCAAUGAGGUGCCAUUCCCGAUCA